AUGACUCUAGGAAUUGCGUUGAGGACGCCCCUGCGUCGUCCCUGGUCGCGGAGUAGUUUACAGGUGCUACGGGUACGUCUUCCAUCAGGGUCGCGAGGGUACGUCACCGGUGGGCAGAGUCCCCCCUCUAGGAGUUGGGGGAAGGCGGUCGUUGUCGCUGGUGCGGCUGGGUGUCUAGGGUAUUUGCUGUCACAGUCGAAGGAGUUUAAACGGUGGGAAAAGUAUGUGGUCGCUCAUGAGAGCGCUGAAGUGAAGGAACUUAUUGGCCAUAAACACCAGAUUAUUAAUGAUCAAUCUGUUACGAAAUUGGAGGAGUUGGAACCCCUGAGGUACAACACCGAUCAAAAGGAGAUUGCAGAACUUGUUCGAAAGUUGAAAGCUGUACUGGAGAACAACGAGGAUAAUUUCACUCAUUCACCUGGGGAACUAGAACAGCAUUCGGAUAGUGACUUCAACACACACCACCCUACCCCGCAACAGAGACCCCUUAUCGUAUUAUUCCCACACACCACAGAUCAAGUGUCCCAGAUCGUCGCUCUAUGUCACGAGUACAACGUGCCCAUCGUACCGUUUUCAGGUGGUACGUCUCUCGAGGGGCACUACUUGCCCACGAGAAACCCUACAAUAUCCAUUGAUAUCUCGAAAUACAUGAACAACAUCAUCAAAUUCGAUAAGACAGACCUCGACGUCACGGUGCAAGGCGGGCUCCCCUGGGAGGACCUCCAAGAUUUCUUGAACGAUCAAGGGUUGCUGUUCGGGUGUGACCCGGGACCCGGCGCACAGAUCGCUGGGUGUGUGGCGAACUCGUGUUCGGGGACAAAGGCAUACCGUUACGGGACAAUGAAGGAAAACGUACUCAAUCUUACCGUUGUGCUCCCCGAUGGGUCUAUUGUACGGACGAAAAGACGCCCCAAGAAAUCCAGUGCAGGGUACAACUUGAACGGUUUAUUCACAGGGAGUGAGGGCACAUUGGGGAUAGUCACGGAGGUCACGUUGAAGACACACGUGAAGCCGCGGUUCGAGACCGUUGUGGUCGUUUCCUUCCCCAGCAUCGCUGACGCGGCCGCUUGUUCGAGUAGCAUCACUCAGGCGGGGAUCAACGUCAACGCGAUGGAAUUGCUCGACGACAACAUGAUGCACCUGAUCAACGUGAACGACGCGACCCCAAGAAACGACUGGUUAGAGACGUCCACGAUCUUCUUCAAGAUCGGCGGCACGACGCAGACGGUCAUUGACGAGCUUGUCGGUGAGAUGAAGAAGAUCUCACACUUGAACCACGCGCAGAAAUUCGAGUUUGCAGCUGACGAGGAGGCCAAGGAGGAACUCUGGGAGGCGCGGAAAGUCGCUCUGUGGUCUGUUCUCGAUCAGGGGAAACUCAAGUCCCCUGGGGCACGUAUCUGGACCACUGACGUUGCUGUACCCAUCUCUAAAUUUGCUAAAGUGAUCCAAGAGACGAAGGAGGAAAUGGACAAGAGUGGGUUGAUUAAUGCAAUUGUCGGGCACGCUGGGGACGGGAAUUUCCACGCGUUCAUUGUGUACACGAACAAAGACGAACUCGAGAGGGUCAAGAAAAUAGUGGGACAUAUGGUCCACAGGGCCCUGUACGCUGAGGGUACAUGUACUGGGGAGCAUGGGGUCGGUAUUGGUAAGAGAACGUACCUGCACGACGAGUUGGGGGACACGCCGAUAGACCUCAUGAGAAGAAUCAAGAUAGCCAUUGACCCAAAGCGGAUAAUGAACCCAGACAAGAUAUUCCCGAUUGAUCCGGAAGAGCCCGAGUCCAUCGUUUCCGAAUGA